AUCAGAAAAUCUACCCCUUCUAUAAAGGCGGGGUACGAGGAUUAACCUUAUAUAACCUUACGUGACAUCUAUACAUCAAAUUAUUUCAGGACCUUCUCUCUUUAAGCUUUUUUUUUUUCUUUCUCUCUCGUAGACCUUCGAACUUUUUAUUUCUCAUCGCCAUUAUCAAUCACCUUCUUUGCUCCUUUUUAGGGUUUUCUCUCCUUGUGUUUGUUACACACCAUAAUGAAUUCCAGCACAUCAACCUUGAAUCCAAAUGCAGCAUCAUAUGUACCUCUCUUUAAAAGAGAAGUCAUUAAUGAGGAUAAGUACUCUAAGACCAUGUUAGGGAAAGUUGCUGUCUCUGAUUCACAUCUUACUGUAAAUGACGACAAGCUAAAGGGUCAACAGGCUGAUGCUGCUGAUGGUUUGUCUUCAGAAGAAUUUAUAGAAAGGGACAAUAAAUAUAUGGAUGAAGAUUCAGAAAUGGAUCUAGCUUAUCUCCAAAUGAUGUUUCCUGGCGUUUCUGAUCAGUCUCUUGCUGAUGUCUAUGCAGUCAAUCUGGGAGACUUGGAUUCUGCAGUUGACAUGCUGACUGACUUGGAGUCGGCUGAUAGUCUUCCGGAUGCAUUGGAUAUUGAACACCCUGAGGAACCAGUUUCUUCAGGUGAAUGCUCAUCUGUGAAGGCGAUGACUGUAAAUGUGACAGGUGAAUCUAGCAGAUCUGCUUCAGCCGUUGCUAACUGACCUUGGUUGAAAUAAUUUCUCGACAGCUUGUCUAACUUCACCUUGAUAGCUGUGUAGAAGAGUCGAUUAAUGUUUGAUGCUUGAUGCUUUUUAUUCUGGGAGAACUCUGGUGCUACCCUUAUAUUUGGAGUUGUAUAGUUUCUGCUUGUUAGUCAAACAAGAAUAUCUUGGUUCUUUAGGGAUUAUUGCUUGGUUUGAUUCGUCACUUGGCUCCAAUUUGAAACAAUUAUAGCAGCAAUUUUUUUCUGCUUGCCUUUUGAAUAUGGGGUGUUUUUCAGCAGUGUUAUAAUAGCAAUGAUUACUUAUAAUGUGUUGGAAAUCAUGAAGUAUGUGAUUCUCUUAUCGAAUUAAACAUGAUGUUAGUAACUAUCAAGUGAUAUGUUGAUCUAAAAAAGUGUAAACUAUGUUUUUGAAAAGCAAGUAAUAUGAUUUUGUUUCUAUUUUUC